AUGACGGUCAGCUACAAUCAUCAAGUUGCCACAUCAAAGCCAUAUUUGAUCUUGAAAUUGUUGGCAAGAUGGAAGGGUUCUGUAUGGAAAGCGGUUUCGCUCGAGCUCGGGAUCUGGAUCAUCGCCUAUUACACAAUAUUUUGCAUCUAUCGUUUUUGGAUGGGGGAUUAUAGUAAAAAAAAAUUCGAGGAUUUCAUUCGUUUUUUCCAAGGUUCGAUGAGCUAUAUUCCAUUGGAUUUUAUGUUAUCAUUCUUUGUUACAAUUGUCGUCAAUCGAUGGUCAACUAUAUUUCAAAAUUUGGGAAUGAUUGACAAUAUUGCUCUUUUUGCCUCAAACUAUAUCAAAGGAAACGAUGAAAGAGGGAGAAAUUUGAGAAGAAAUGUCGUGAGAUACUGUUGCCUGUCUCAAGCAAUGGUUUUUCGAGAUUUAAAUAUGCAAGUGCGACGCCGAUUUCCCACUUUUGAGGCUCUUGUCGCAGCUGGUUUCAUGAUGGAGCACGAGUUGCAGAUGUUUCACGAUGUACAAAAUCGAUAUGCAAAAUAUUGGGUGCCGUUGAACUGGUCACUCACGUUGAUCAACAAUGCGAAAAAAGAGGGCCGCGUCGACUCGGAUGUGAACGAAUUCGCGAUUGCACAGGAGAUUCGCCACUUCCGCACGAAUCUCUCGACCGUCUGGCAGCACGAUUGGAUCUCGAUCCCGAUUUUGUAUCCACAACUUGUUUUCACCGCCACUCACAUCUAUUUCCUAUUGGCUCUUUUCGCGCGUCAAUUCAUCGUCACAGCCGAUCAGAAACCCGGAGAGGUGGACAUUCAUUUCCCAUUGAUGACCGUUUUCCAGUUCAUUUUCUAUGUUGGAUGGAUGAAGGUAGCGAUGGCUUUGCUAAAUCCGAUGGGCGAAGAUGAUGACGAUUAUGAUUGCAAUUUCUUGUUGGACAGGAAUUUGACGCUUUCUUUGGGAUGUCAAGAUUGUCACCGCGAUCCACCAGAGAUGAAACCGGACGCUUUCUGGGAAAUGAAACAGGCUCAACCCCUUUACUCACUCGAAUCAGCGAUCAAGCGCCUCAACUUCUUCAUGGGAUCGGCUGCAUUGCAAGAUGAAGCUGAAGGUGGGUCAAAGAAAAGCGAAGAAAUUCAAAUGGUGCCUCAUCCGAGCAACGAGCGAUAUAUGAAUCGCCACGAAGAGGACCGAUUGAAGAGUCGAGGAGUGACAAUCGGCCAUUCUCGCUCAAACACUCAAACAAUGGACAUGUUGUCGGCUGGCUUAGAGAAUAUAAGGAGAAUGUCCGGUGCUUCAUUCGGAUCUCGAUCUCGAGUCAAUUCGACAACUUCGAUGGAACAAGGAUUGAGUGUGAAUGGGGGAAUACAAAGGAAAGACAAUGAACAAAAUGAGCAAUCCCGUGCCCGAGCCAUGUCUGAUCGUCCACCGAAAAUCAAUAUCGCGCGAGCUUCGAUCGAUUUUGGGGGCAUGAAUAAAGAAGAUCAAUUC